UGCUUGCACUACUCUCGGCAAUUUGUAUAUAUGGAGCUCUGGCAUCACUGGUGAACUGCAUCUUCUCUCAGAGGCUGCUACCUAUGGGCCCUUCCCUAAUAAAGGAGGAAGCGAAGGAGGAGUCUGCUGCAGAACUACCCUGCCCUGUUCACUAUUCACGACUCACCAGUGGUCUCCUGAAAAUCGCUGGCAUUCUGGAGGCAGGCGGAGUGUGUGGUAUUCCUACGGACACUGUGUAUGCCCUGGCUGCCUCCUGCAAGAACCCUCAAGCUAUAGAGAAAAUCUAUAAUAUUAAGGACCGACCAGCCGAGAAGCCCAUCUGCAUUUGCAUCGCAAAUGUGGAGCAGCUGGUGACAGCCAAGCCUCCCUUUAGCCCUUUGCCGUGGGAGUUUAUGAGAAAUGUUUAUCCAGGAGACAUCAGCUGCAUUGUCAGCAAAGGAGACUGGCUACUCAGACUAGGAGUGGGACCAGCUUAUGAUCGUGUUGGCACGAGGGACAGCAUCAUGAUCCGUGUCCCUGACCACACUGUGACGUGCCACCUGUGUGACAUCACGGGGCCCCUUGCUAUUACUUCGGCGAACCCCAGCGGAGAGCCAGACAGCACUCACCACACCAUGGUCAUCAAUCGACUGGGGCACAAGAUUCGAGGGGUUCUGUGUGAUGGAGACUCUAAUGAAGUUGUUGCUUCCACCGUGGUCAACUGCCUGAAGAUUGAUGAAGGGACCAUCACCAUUGUGAGAGAAGGCUGUGUACCUGCCGUAAAAGUCAGACAGAUAUUCGAAAGAGUGAAAAGCACCAUGGCGUGAUUAUUCAGUGCCUCAUUUCACUCCUCAGAGAGCAUCUUCGUUACAUGUUCUAUACAAGAACAGCAACGCUUUAGAGUGUGUGAAACUCAGUGAAUGUGUAUGUAUUGCUGAUUGUGGAGGUACAUAAGUGUAGAUAUCUUGGCAAAUGUAAUGAAAUAACCGUUUUUUGCUUGCAAUGUUGUUGAUUGACACUUGAUACACAAAGAAUCUCUGUUGAUGUACCACAACAUAGUGAAAAUAAAGUCUGUAAGUUGUAUCAUUUAAGAGAGGAAUCGACAACGAACCCUGUUUUUCAGCUCACUGUUCAAACAAGGAAUUUGACUAAUGUAUAAAGUUUGUGUGCCAAAAUAUGAAUAUAAAUAUCAAAUCAUCAAAAAUAUGAUUUUCAAUUGAUUCAUUUAGGAUUUC